AUAAUAUUGCAGUACUAUAAUGUUAUAAUUAUUUUCGUGCAAAUGAUGUAACAUCAUUUUAUAACCAUAUUUUGACAACAAAGUUGUAUAAUAUAUUGUUUUCAUUGAUUUAAAUAUUAUAAUCAUGUUACGCCGGUUUUAUCACUGCUCAUGUGUUCUAAAUAAUAAUAAAAAACAAGGAAUAAAACUUUGUAAAAUGCUUAAUCCGAAAAGUAAAAAACAAUGGUAUCCAGUACAAACAAUGGAAGAAAGUGGAAUGCCAACUAUUAAAAGUUUGACUAAAAUAAAAUAUGAACCAGGAAAGCGUGGUGUUCGUAGAGUAGCCAUGCUUAAUAAACUUUUCAUGAAAAGCAUCACAGAUCUAAUGUCAACUGGGACUGUAGCAAUGAAAGUGGUUGGACGUGGAAUAGAAAUAUCAAAGGUUAAAAUAACACCAGAUUUUAAAACAGUCAAUGUAUGUUGGGUGUGCAAGGGCAAUUCAACUGAUGAAGAGACAGAAAUUCUUCUUAAUUCAAUUGCAGGGCCACUGCGACAUGAAUUGUCCACACUCCGGCUUAUGGGAGAAGUGCCUUAUAUUGUUUUUGUUAAGGACAAACAAGAAGCACAGUUAGUUGAUCUUGAUCGUCGUUUAUCGGAGGCUGACUAUGGUGACGACUACACACCCACUGAAAUAGGCCAUUUGAUGAAAUCAGAAUUUACUCUGUCAACAAAACUAUCGCCUGAAAUGAAGGCAAAAAUAAAACAAUUGGAAGAAGAGCAACCGAUAAUAGAAGAAAUAAUUCCUGAAAUGACUCAUAAUGUGUUCGGAUUAGACCACGCUAAGAUUAUGAACAGGCUAUUAGCUGCUAGAAAGAAGACGAGGGAUGCUUGGAGUAGUCUUCAAGAUGACUCCCCAGUUAUAAGUUAUCAAGCAAGUAACAGUAAGGGCGCAAGUGAAGACAUCGAUUUUGGCAAGCAAAAGAAAGAACUUGCUGAAUUCUUACUAAAAAGACAGAUUUUACAAAACAAGAUACAGAAAAGGUUGCGAGAAGAUCGUAAUAGUUUGAACGUGAUAACACCCGAACAAGAAGUAGAAGAGGAACAGACUUAUGAAGAAGAUUAUGGCGAAGAUGUAGACGAUCCUUUCUGUUACGAUGAAAAAUACGAUUCGCAAAAUAGACGUUGAUAUUGUAUAGUUCAAUUUAUUGUUAUAUUAGUUGUAAAUAAAAUUACUUAAUAGACAAUGAA